ACCAGAAUUCCUCCCCCCACCCAUCCCAAUUGUAUAUCCACCACCAGAAAUGAUACAACCACCCACCCUUCCAUGGCUCACACCUCCCCCAUUAGUACCUACACCAGAGCAACCAGCCUUUGAUCUUCCUCCACCUACACCAGACUUACCACCACCUGAUGAAGACUCUUCUCCAUCACCCCCACUUGUCCCAAUAUUUACAUCACCGCCACUGCCUUUUGAGCCUCCUCCAUUUCCAUUUGCACCACCAAUUAUAUCAUCCCCAACUGCACCAGACCCUGGUGUGAUUGAUCAGCCACCAUCUUUGCCCAUUCCUCAGUCACCAGAAAUCUUUCUUCCACCUCCAAUUCCUGAAGUGCCCCAAAAUCCACAGGGGCCAUUUCCAUUUGUACCACCAAUUAUAUCAACCCCAACUGCACCAGACCCUGGUGUGAUUGAUCAGCCACCAUCUUUGCCCAUUCCUCAGUCACCAGAAAUCUUUCUUCCACCUCCAAUUCCUGAAAUGCCCCAAAAUCCACGGGGGCCAUUUCCAUUUGUACCACCAAUUAUAUCAACCCCAACUGCACCAGACCCUGGUGUGAUUGAUCAGCCACCAUCUUUGCCCAUUCCUCAGUCACCAGAAAUCUUUCUGCCACCUCCAAUUCCUGAAGUACCCCAAAAUCCACAGGAGUCAUUUCCAUUUGGGUCCGCGCCACCAGCUCCAGAUAUGGAUUUCAUUGAGCCAUUGUCACCCCCAGAAAUCCCUUUUCUGCCUCCUGUUGAUCAGCUUCCACGGGCGUUUGAUUCACCUCCCUCUUAUACUUAAGAACUUAUUAAUUAAAUUGUUUUCUUUGGUUCUUAUGCUUCUUCAGUCUAGAUGAAAAUAAUUGCUACGUACCAAAAUGUGAGUUGUGUUUUGUUUUGUAGUGUAUCAAUGUUCUGGAGAAUUUGG